ACAAUUGCUAUUUUUCUUAACAUUGUUAUCUUACUUUGAAUCGAAUUAAUAACAUUGAAAAUGAAAAAAUCUUGAUUUUCUUAACACAGAAGAAAAAAUAUAUUGAAUAUCUUUUUCUUGCCUUAUGGUUAUGGAAUUCCUUUCAAUAAUUUACAUAAAAAAUUAAAUAUAAAAGAAAGAAGAUAAAGAAAAAGUAUAAAUCUUUUUAAAAAUAAAAAUAUUAAUAAAAUAAAAGUUUUUUUUCUUUAUCAUAAAUAUACUAUGAAACUUACCAAUCAUAUACAAGAAUAACUAAUAAUUAAAUUAUUAUAUUAUCCUCAAUUAUUAUAAUUUAUGAUCAACUAAUAUGAUUAUAACAGUAUUAUAAAUAUAUACAAAAUGUCUAAGUAUGAAGAUUUAAUACAAGCUAUUGCAUGCUUGAGUAAAAAUAUUUAUAAUUUUCCAAUUGGAGCAGUUUCUAUAGAAGAUUUUAAACCAAUUGAAGAAAAAAUUAGAACUACUCGAGAGUCAUUGAAACAUUUAAAUGCCAAAUUAUUAUUACUUAAAGCACAGAAUGAAUACAAAAGAAAUGAAGAUUCGGAAGAAGAUACAGAAAAUAUAGUAACAAAUUUACAUGAAGCAACAGCAAAUUCUCUUAUAAAUAAUGCAGCAAUUAAAUUAUGUUUGCAUUCUUAUGGUAUACAAGCUAUUCUAACAGGUGAAGAAGGUGAUCAUGAUAUGCAAAAAAAAAUUUAUGCAUGUAUGUGUAAACUUUUUGUUUUGAACGAUAAUAUUUUGUCUAUAGAAAAAGAAAUAGAAAAUGCAUUAAAAAAGCAAUUAGAGUUAAAAAUUCAAUGUCGAAAUGCACUAUUUGAAUAUAAAGAUUUUCUAAAGGAACAGGAGGAAUUACGCAACAAAAGAUUAGAAGAAACAAAUCCUCAGCAUGCAAUUAACAAAGAAAGAAUAAAUAAAACAAUAGAAAAAAUUAAUAUGAUGAAAAAAUUAAUCGUAAAUUUUAUUGCUGCCUCAAGUCAUAUGUUAAAUGAACCAUUUUACGUACAAAUGCUAGAAGAUCAUAGAGAAUUAGUUAAUUUUGAAACAAUUUUAAAAAUUUCUCAAAAUUCAGAAAUUACAAAUGAAAAUAGCUAAGUAUAUAAAAGAAAACAUUAUAAAUGACAUUCUAUUCUUUAUUACUUUUGUACUUUAACUUGUACUAUGUUUUUAAUGGAACAAUUUUAUGUAAAUUUUAAAUAAAAUAUAUUAUGUAAUA